UUUCCCUCCGAUCCCACUUCUUACUAUCACGGAAUUCAUUUCAUGAUGUAUUCAGCAUGGCCUGAAUAGGGAGAGCCUGAGCUGUCCAGCCCAGCAUGGCUGGCAGCCUGUCAGUGAUGAUUGCUUUGUUCGAUAUGUGCAUGGCCAGCCAGUGUGGUCGAGAGCAUUGUAACCCACCAUGCUCAGCCACGCUCGGCGAGUCUCGCUCAACCCCUGGGUUUUGAUCGCGACCCAGCAUCUUCUUCAAACCCACCUCAUUACUAUAGUAUAUCUUUUCAAUUCUCCUGACACCUCAAAUUACUGCUGGCCUGAUUCUUGUGAUUAGUGAUUAGUUCUUUGAUGACUGGGACAGGCGGACUGCAGUUUCUUUUUGACAGCUCCGAAGCUGCGGGCGCUCUUUUGUCAUGGAACUUCCAGGUACAAAAUCAGGAUCCAAUCCAAGCUGUGCGCCGAUAUGUCAUUCCCAGAGAACGAAAUUCGACUUCUCGGCUGAUCAAUUGAGUGACCUGGUGGAGUCGCGCAGUUUGGAAUCUUUCCGUCAAUAUGGGGGACUGACAGGGCUUGAGAAAGGACUACGAACAGAUCGAAACAGUGGAUUAAGCGUGGACGAGUCAACCAUCGGUGGUGCUUUAAUAGAAACUCCAAAGGGCUCUUUUAUGGAUCGGACAACGACUUUUGGCAACAACCACCUCCCUGUGGCCAAGAAAAUCACCUUCCUCCAGCUCUUGUGGAUGGCUUAUAAUGACCAUGUUUUGUUUCUCUUAACUGGCGCCGCGCUGGUCUCGUUGGCGCUGGGUCUCUACCAGACCUUUGCAACUGCUCAUUCGCCGAGUAAUCCAGCGGUUGAAUGGGUCGAGGGGGUUGCUAUUCUGGUCGCUAUCAUAAUCAUUGUAGUUGUUGGUGCCGCCAAUGACUAUCAGAAACAGAUGCAAUUCCGGAAGCUGAAUAAGAAACAGCUCGACCGUGACGUGAAGGUGGUUCGGUCUGCGCGGUCCCAGGAAGUUCCAAUCUACGACUUGCUCGUGGGGGAUGUUGUGCUUGUGGAGCCAGGCGAUGUUAUCCCCGCUGAUGGUGUUCUCAUCCGAGGCCACCACGUUCGAUGCGACGAGUCCUUUGCAACAGGAGAAUCCGAUCUCUUGCGAAAACACAGCGGUGAUAAUGUGUUUGAUGAUAUGCAAGACAGGGGACACAACUCCCAACAACUCGAUCCAUUCAUCAUUUCCGGCUCAAAAGUGGCAGAGGGAGUCGGAUCCUUCCUGGUUCUUGCUACUGGGACCAACUCAAGCUAUGGCAAGAUUCUGCUUUCUCUUGACAACGAGCCUCGUUUCACGCCGUUGCAAGUCAGGCUGAACCGGCUAGCGAAAUACAUCUCGUGGUUCGGUGGAAUAGCGGGACUUAUCAUGUUCCUUAUUUUAUUUAUCAAAUUUCUUACUGGACUCCGACACAGUGGCGACGGCCCGGCAGAGAAGGGCCAGCAGUUUUUGAACGUCUUCAUCAUCGCUCUUACUGUGGUGGUUAUUGCCGUUCCUGAAGGACUCCCACUUACGGUCACGCUCGCUCUGGCAUUUGCAACGACAAGAAUGCUCAAAGAUAAUAAUCUAGUCCGUCAACUGAGGGCCUGUGAGACCAUGGGAAAUGCCACAGAUAUCUGUUCCGACAAAACCGGCACCUUGACGCAGAACAAGAUGACUGUUGUUGCUGGAACGAUCGGUACUUUGUCUAGUUUUGAUAGCCAGCAGAACCCGACAGAUAGAAUCAUCCCAAGUGCACUUGAAUGUACCCAGAAUCUCACAGUGGACACAAAGUCGCUCCUCCGGCAAUCCAUUUCCAUCAAUUCCACUGCUUUUGAGGCCAUUGAUGCGGGGACACCAUCAUAUAUUGGAUCAAAAACAGAGGCUGCUCUGUUGGACUUCGCACGAGACUACCUGGGAAUGGGCGAUCUCAAUGUCGAACGUUCCAAUUCAAAGAUUGUGGAAGUGCUCCCAUUCGAUGCGUCUCGCAAAUUCAUGGUCACUGUGGUCCAACUAGACAAUGGGAGAUACAGAGCAUAUGUGAAAGGUGCACCGGAAGUACUUCUCGGCGCUUGUACAAGGGGACUUAAAGUCCCAGCUAAAGCAGACUUGGUGUCCAUGACGGAUGAAACGACUGAGAACCUCGAUCGGAUCAUCGACACGUAUGCCCGACGCUCAUUACGACCAAUAAUGUUAGUCUUCCGGGAUUUCGAGAUCUGGCCUCUUUCCUCUCAGGAAGAUGAUUCCGACACGGUGAACAUCGGAGAUAUCCUCCAUGAUCUCACCUUCCUUUGCAUUAUGGGAAUUCAAGACCCGCUCCGAAAAGGUGCGCGGGAAGCAGUGCAGACGUGCUAUAAGGCUGGGGUGGUGGUUCGCGUUGUGACAGGAGACAAUCUUCUGACGGCCAAAGCGAUUGCCGAAGAGUGUGGGAUUAUCUCUGUUCCCGAGGAUAUUGCAAUAGAAGGGCAGGAGUUUCGCGAGCUCGACGAAGAGCAACAGAAAAAAAUCAUACCUCGUCUGAGGGUUCUUGCGAGAUCCAGUCCUGCAGAUAAGCGAACGUUGGUUCUUCGACUAAAAGAGAUGGGAGCAACAGUUGCUGUGACAGGUGAUGGAACAAAUGAUGCUCCUGCGCUCACUGCAGCGGACGUUGGCUUUUCAAUGGGCAUUUCUGGUACAGAAGUCGCUCGCGAGUCUUCGUCUAUUGUCCUUAUGGAUGAUAACUUUGCAUCCAUUGUAAAAGCCAUCAUGUGGGGGCGAGCAGUCAGUGAUGCCCUUAAGAAGUUUCUACAGUUUCAAAUCACCAUCACAUUCACCUCAGUCGGUCUAGCCUUCGUUUCAUCAGUGGCUAGUUCGAGCGAGGUUUCUGUUCUGACAGCUGUGCAGCUGAUGUGGGUGAAUUUAUUCCAAGACACAUUAGCAGCUCUCGCCCUCGCGACAGAUCCUCCACCUCCCAGAAUACUAAACCGAAAACCUGAACCCAGAUCAGCCCCUCUGAUCUCGACAAUGAUGUGGAAGAUGAUCGUCGGUCAAUCCAUUUACCAGCUAGCCGUGACACUCGUUCUACACUUUGCCGGCAAAUCCAUUUUCUCAUAUACUACAUCGCAUGAGGGUGACCAACUGCAGACUGCCGUGUUUAAUACAUAUGUCUGGAUGAACAUUUUCAAUAUGUACAACAAUCGUCAACUUGAAAAUCGAAUCAACGUUCUCGAAGGCGUCACUAAAAACUGGUUAUUUCCCUUCAUCAGCCUGGUCAUGAUAGGAGGCCAAAUCCUGAUUAUCUUCGUUGGAGGGCGAGCGUUUUCUGUAGUCCGCCUCACGGGGGACCAGUGGGCUUACUCGCUUGUUCUUGGGUUUCUAUCCAUCCCAAUUGGGUUUGCGAUUCGAUUGAUUCCCGAUGUAAUAUGUGAGAGGGUCUUUUCCUGGCUCGGUAAACCGCUAUUCAAGUUGGGUUCUUUUCGUUGGUGGAAGAAAGGGGCAGAGGACGGAAACUCGUGAGAAAUAUAUAUUUUGAGGCAAGUGGUUUGACUUGAAUUGUCAUACUGAUUCAUCAUACAUGUGCGGAUUAUGAUAUAUAUAUCAAAGAUCAAUCAACGUCGAGCACCCUUCGAUUCUCCUUUUACACGCCUGCCCAUUCUAAUUGUUACUACAGCCAGGUCUAUGCUUAAGAUUCCUGGGGUUUCCUUGGGUCUGGUUGCGAUUCUAGCUUCGUUAUUAAUGAAUUCAGCUGCAAC